AUGUUCACCGUUCAAAGACGACCGUCAGAUGCAAAAAAACCUCGUACGGAACUGAAUAUGUCACUGAAACGAAGAUGGUUCGAGUUGAGACGACUUCUGAGGAAAAGGUCGGUCACGUUCACCGUGUUUGCAGUUUGUCUGUUCAUAUUCGUGUUCAGUAUGGCCUAUGUUCAUGACUCACCACAGGAACGACGUGCCGAACAUGCGGAACAUGGACGAAAUAUGCAUGAACAUGUCUUCGGGCGAGGUGAUCGAGUUGAAGUUGAAAAAGAACGCCUGGUCGGUAACGUGAACUACGACGAAGACGAUGUGUUACCUGGUGACUCAGAUCCUGAAACAGUUUUCAAAGAAGGCGUUUUGGGCAAUUUCGAGCCGAAAGAGGCACAACCUAGACCCGGACAACAUGGUGAGAUGGGUGCACCAGUUUAUGUGGACAUGAAUAAACCGGAAGUGAGAGGUGCGGUAAGUGAAUUCGGUUUCAAUACAAUUGUCUCGGAUAUGAUCUCAAUGAAUCGAAGUGUACCGGAUGUUCGGAUGGACGAGUGUGUUUUUGAUUUGUUAAUUUUAAUCGGUUAA